CUAGAUGCUAGAAAGAAGUCUACUAGGGAGAGAGAGAGAGCUUAUAGUCAAAGUCAGACAUCAAAAUCUUGAAUUUUGAAUUUGAAAAUCAUCUCACUGUACAGUAAAUACAUUCAACACAGCAGGAAGUAGCCAUUAGCCACAAAGACCGAACCAUUCAGAAGCUAUGGAUCGAAGAGAAGCAAUGGGGUUAUCCGGGUCAGGUUCUUACUACAUCCAAAGAGGCAUGCCUGGUCCGGGACCUCCUCCUCCUCCUCCUCCGCAGACUCAACAGCCGUUUCAUGGGUCGCAAGGGUUUCACCAUUUCUCCAACCCCAACCCCCCUUUCGGGUCAAACCCGAACCAGAACCCAGGAGGCGGCGGCUCCACUGGUUUCGUGUCUCCUCCUUUACCAAUUGAGUCUUCUCUAGCCGAGUCUUCAGCGGUGGCUGCUCCUCCUCCCUCUGGUGAGACGUCUGUGAAGCGGAAGAGAGGAAGGCCUAGGAAAUACGGACAAGACGGUUCUGUUUCUUUAGCAUUGUCUCCUUCAGCCUCCUCUCUAUCCCCAAAUUCUAACAAACGUGGUCGUGGAAGACCUCCUGGCUCCGGCAAGAAGCAAAGGCUUAGUUCCAUCGGUGAAUUGAUGCAUUCAUCGUCAGGGAUGAGCUUCACGCCUCACGUAAUCGUAGUUUCCGUUGGUGAAGACAUUGCAUCAAAAGUUAUGUCUUUUUCUCAGCAAGGUCCAAGAGCUAUUUGUGUAUUAUCCGCUAUUGGCGCAGUGUCUACUGCAACUCUUCUUCAGCCAGCACCAUCUCAUGGAGCUAUAACCUACGAGGGUCGUUUCGAGCUUGUAUCUCUGUCACUUUCUUAUCUGAACACAACGGAGAAUGAAUACACAAACCGCACUGGAAACCUAGCCGUCUCACUCGCUAGCCCUGAUGGUCGUGUCAUUGGUGGUGGAAUCGGAGGGCCUCUGAUAGCAGCAAGCCAUGUUCAGGUGAGCUCUGCUUGUAAGCAUCAUCAAACUUCUUUCGUGAUUCAUUUUAAUAAACUUGUGUGUUGCCUCCUUAAUAAGGUUAUCGUUGGGAGCUUCCUCUGGGCGGUUCCAAAAGGGAAGGUUAAAAAAAGAGAUGAAACUUCUGAAGAUGUCCAAGACGCUGAUGCUUUGGAGAACAACGACAACACAGCAGCACCAACGUCUCCUCCUGUUCCGCAGAACCUUGUUCAGACUCCUGUAGGCAUGUGGUCAACAGGUUCAAGAUCAAUGGAUAUGCAUCACGCUCAUAUGGAUAUUGAUCUAAUGCGCGGAUGAUGAUUCAUGUGUGAAUAUAACCAUUGAAAUUCUAGGAGAAGAAGAAGAGACAAAAGACUUUAAGCUAACCUCUCUGAGAGAAUUGUCUUUUAGUUAUGUUUAGGAAACAAAAGACCUUGUAGUGAUUUUCAGAACUCAUGUGUGUUUCAAUUUAUAUGUUUUUCUGCAUUCUACAACAUACAGUCUGUUUUAGCAGGAAGUCUUCUAAAGAAGUUAACCAGACCAGGAGGUGUCUUUCUCCU